CACAUUGCUUUCAUAGCAACUUUAAUUUACAAAAUGGCGAACUAAAAUGUCAACAACGAUAAAUCGCGGACGUCCGAUCAAAAGUCACUCCAGGGCAAAAAGACAUUUCCAACUACAAAAUUGAUUCCGAAAUUGAUACCUUGAAAAUACGAAAUGGAAAUCAUUGGUAGAUCAGCUCGUCCUGUUACGCUUAGCCAUGCAAAACAACAAAAAAUUGCAGAAAAAAACAGAAGACGAGAUAUGGAUAGAGAAGAUUCUGGCAGGCGCUUACAACAGGAAAAAAUAUUGCAAGCAAAUAUGGCGAGUGAAGACAGAGUGGAAGAACGGCGCUUUUUAAAGACACUACAGCGUGAGAAGAAUGAAAGAGAAACUCAGGAGGCUAUCACAAAGUCUAAAAUGAUGAAAGCGAUGCGUGAACAGCAGAGAGAACAAGAAGAAAGAUUAGCACAGGAACUGCAACAAAUGAAAUUAGAAGAAACAAGAGAAGAAAAACUGAGGCAACAUAUUCGUGAAAACAGUUGGGAAAUACGCGAAUUAGAAGGAAAACUUAGAGCUGGACAUAUGAACAAGGAAAGACACGCUCAAUUGGCUGAGAAAGCUGCAAAAGAAAUUCAAUUAAAAAGAAAGGAAGCUGAAUUGACCGAGAGAAUGCAGUUAGAACACGAACGCGCAAAACAGAUGGAAACUGAACGUGAGCGUAAACGCUGGGAGGAGAGUGUACAAUAUCAAGAACAGCUAGAAAAACAGCUCCUUGAACAAGAGCGAAGAAAACGUGAGCAGUAUGAAGAAUUCUUGAAAGAAAAGUUAAUGAUUGAUGAAAUUGUCAAGAGGAUUUAUGAAGAAGAUCAACGGGAGAUUGCAGAGAGACUUAAAAAGCAGAAAGCUACUCGUGAGUAUGUUGAAGAAUUCAUGAAGAAAAGGGAAGAGUGGAAAAUAAACGAGCAGAAAAUCAUGGAAGAAGAGAACGAGCGCAUACUUCAAUUCGCUUUGGAACAGAGAGCACGCGAAGAAGAGAGAAUGGUUGAGAAACUGAAGAAGGAAGAGAAAAUGUCUGCAGUACAGAACGAGCUUGCCCAAAGAAUUGCUCAAGAACAAUACGAAAAAGACGAAAUGGAAAGAGUUCGUAUGGAGUUGUAUCAGGAGGAGCAAGAAGAAACGAGCAGGCAAAGAGAAAUUAUGAACAUGGAAAAUCGUAUACGCGAACGUUUGGACCUGCAAAGGACAAUGAAGGAGCAACUGCAAUGGAAAGAAGACAAGAAGAAUGCGGAAAAACAAGAAGAAGAAGAAUUCAGACAACAAAUGUUAGCUAAGUUUGCUGAAGAUGAUCGUAUUGAGCAAAUGAAUGCGCAGAAAAGAAGAAUGAGACAGCUGGAACACAAGAGAGCUGUGGAAAGAUUGAUUGAUGAAAGGAGAAUACAGCUGCAAACGGAUAAGGAGAAAGCGCUGGAAGAGCAGCGAGAAAUAGAAAGAAUGGCAGCCUACCGCAAACAAAUUGUCGAAGAAGAAAGACAGCGUUUACUCAAAGAGCAUGCUGCGAAACUUUUGGGUUACUUACCCAAGGGAGUACUACGAGAUCGUACCGAUUUAGAAAUGUUCGAUAACAAAUUCAAGGAAGCCUACGCGCCAAGGAAAAUAGAUUAUUUUGAGGAUGAAGAUGACUCGACAUAAAUAUAAAUGUACUUUUAAUAUCUGUAUUAUACUUCUUGCUAAUAUAUGUGUAUGUAAAAUGUGGA